AUGGCUGGUGUCCUGCAGGUAGUCCUGGCCACUCUUCUCCUACUGCCUGUGGCCACCACCAUGCACUCUGACUGCAUCUUCAAGAAGGAGCAAGCUGUGUGCCUGGAGAAGAUCCAGAGGGCCAACCGCCUGCUGGACUUCAAUGAUUCCUCCCCAGGCUGCCCUGGCAUGUGGGACAACAUCACGUGUUGGAAGCCUGCCCACGUAGGAGAGAUUGUCCUGGUCACCUGCCCUGAUCUCUUUCGAAUCUUCAACCCAGACCAAGUCUGGGAGACGGAAGCCUUCGGUAAGAGGAACCUUGGUGAGGACAGAUUACUGUCCAUUUCAGAUGCAGGAGUGGUGAGCCGGAACUGCACAGAGGAUGGCUGGUCUGAGCCCUUCCCACAUUACUUUGAUGCUUGUGGGUUUGAUGACUAUGAGCCUGAGACUGGGGACCAGGACUAUUACUACCUUUCGGUGAAGGCCCUCUACACGGUCGGCUACAGCACCUCCCUUGUAACCCUUACCACUGCCAUGGUCAUCCUGUGCCGUUUCCGGAAGCUGCAUUGCACCCGGAACUUCAUCCACAUGAACCUGUUUGUGUCCUUCAUGCUGAGGGCCAUCUCUGUCUUCAUCAAGGACUGGAUCCUGUAUGCUGAGCAGGACAGCAAUCACUGCUUCAUCUCCACCGUGGCCUGUAAGGCUGUCAUGGUUUUCUUUCACUACUGCGUGGUGUCCAACUACUUCUGGCUGUUCAUCGAGGGACUGUACCUCUUCACGCUGCUGGUGGAAACCUUUUUCCCAGAGAGGAGAUACUUCUACUGGUACAUAAUCAUUGGCUGGGGAACUCCUACUGUGUGCGUGACGGUGUGGGCCACUCUGAGGUUCUACUUCGAUGACACGGGCUGCUGGGAUAUGAAUGAUAGCACAGCUCUGUGGUGGGUGAUCAAAGGCCCUGUGGUUGGCUCUAUCAUGGUUAAUUUUGUGCUUUUCAUUGGCAUCAUCGUCAUCCUUGUGCAGAAACUUCAGUCUCCAGACAUGGGUGGCAACGAAUCCAGCAUCUACUUCAGCUGCGUGCAGAAAUGCUACUGCAAGCCACAGCGGGCUCAGCAGCACUCUUGCAAGAUGUCAGAACUGUCCACCAUUACUCUGCGGCUGGCCCGGUCUACCCUGUUGCUCAUCCCUCUGUUUGGAAUACACUACACGGUCUUCGCCUUCUCUCCAGAGAAUGUCAGCAAGAGGGAAAGACUUGUGUUCGAGUUGGGCUUGGGUUCCUUUCAGGGCUUCGUGGUGGCCGUGCUGUACUGCUUCCUGAAUGGGGAGGUGCAGGCGGAGAUCAAGAGGAAAUGGCGGAGCUGGAAGGUGAACCGCUACUUCACCAUGGACUUCAAGCAGCGGCACCCAUCUCUGGCCAGCAGCGGGGUGAACGGGGGCACCCAGCUCUCCAUCUUGAGCAAGAGCAGCUCCCAGCUCCGCAUGUCCGGCCUCCCGGCUGACAAUCCAGCCACCUGA